GAAAUAAAUCGAACGACGCCGAGCCGAUCAGCAGUACGGUGCUCGCUGGAUGCGACUGUUUCGCGUUAGUGAUGAUCAAAACGAGUUGUCGUCGUCGUUGUUUGUGGCAUUUCGCGAAGUCGAAGAAGCCGUGAUCCGUGAUCAAAAGCUCGAGACGGAGAAGAGGCCGAGGACACGCAUCGUCUCUCGUUGCCGCGGCCACGGAUGCAUAUGGAGAGUUACUCUCAUGCGUCAGAAAUAAUACAGCAGGAAGCGUGUCCACCAGUUGUGUCACACAGACUGCUAAUUCUGCGCGCUGCCAUAAACCUGAAAAGUGAAGUAGUACCGUUAUUGCAAGGCCACGACGAAUCAUUGUUUCGAUUGACUCAAGCUGGAAAAAAAAGAGAGCAAGUGGGACGGAAAGAAAGAGAGAGAGGGAACGUAAACGAAGAAAAGGACGCGACGAAGAAGGAUUGAAGAAGAAAAAAAAGGAUUAAAACCGCAGAAGUCUGGUGUCUAAAUUCAAAUAAGAGAUGUCCCCGAACCGGCGCUGUCUGAACCAGCUCAACAGCUGAUCGGAGUACGAAGCGGCGGUGAACGGGGCCACUAUUGCACCACCACCCCGCGAUUUGGAGAAAUUCGUUAUAUUAAUCGGCCGCUGGUUGCUAACGGCCAGACGUUUCCACGAACAAGAGGAGAAGACGACGAGCAGGAAAAAAAAGUGGCGUUUUGACACUUGAUAAAACGAGGGAAGAAAAUCAACGACGACGACGACGACGACGACCACGACGACGACCACGACGACGACGACGACGACGACGACCACGACGACGACCACGACGACGACGACGACGACGACGACCACGACGACGACGACGAAGAAGAAGAAAACAAGGGCGAAGUUUCCUUUGCUUGCUUGGACACGCCAUCAUGGUCAAAACUUUUCAAGCAUACCUGCCCUCGUGUCACCGCACUUACUCGUGCAUUCACUGCCGUGCUCACCUCGCCAACCACGACGAACUCAUCUCUAAGUCCUUCCAGGGCAGUCAAGGUCGUGCCUAUCUCUUUAAUUCCGUGGUGAACGUGGGCUGUGGUCCUGCGGAAGAGCGAGUUCUCUUAACUGGCCUUCAUGCUGUCGCUGAUAUUUAUUGCGAGUGUUGCAAGACCACCCUUGGGUGGAAAUACGAGCAUGCGUUCGAGUCGAGUCAAAAAUAUAAAGAAGGAAAGUUUAUAAUCGAGCUUGCUCAUAUGAUCAAGGAGAAUGGAUGGGAAUAGAUUGAGUUGGGGGUAAUCUACUACAGCAAAAGAAAGAGAAUACCUCUAUAAAAAAUAUACGAGGCCCAUCAAAACUUUUCCUGAUAUAAGAAUAAUGCCUACAAUGUUGUUCUAAUUGCAAUGUGCGGCCCCCUCCCCUCUGUCAAACCACCAACGAAAGUCUGUGAUUUCAUUUGUGAUUUGUAAUCUUAGUAACUUUUUAUGUUUCGGACAAUUCGACGCUGUUUUUCGUUCUUUCCGAUCGAUUCAUCAUACAAGCGAUGACACUGGUGAUCCGCGGCGUCGCGGAUCGAUCAUACAAGGAAGUAUUGUAAAGAGAAAGAAAAAAAAAAAAAAAAAUUAUUUUUCAACAAACUAAAAAAAAGAAAAAGAAAAAAGACGGGAGGGAAACAAGAAAGAAAGAAAGAAAAAAAACAUAUAGAAUAUAAGGGAUAAAAAAAAAAAGAAAAAAAAAAUGAUAAUGAUGAUAAUAAGCGAUGGUGAAUACGAUGACGAAGGUGCCAUGGUGGAAGUAAAAGUAGAGAAUCGCUCUGUUCGAACAAUGGGGUGCCCCCCUAAUUUUAAUUCAUUAUCUUUCUAGACAUUUUAUCGUGAAUGUCGCAAUGAUAAAUAUUAAAAAUUAACGCGUGGGGCACCCCGAUGAAAAAAAUCAAGUUUUUUAAAUCCGUUAUUGCACCGGAGCAGCGCAAGUGCCACGGACUUUGCUGGACUGACUGCCUGCCCGCCGCGUCUAUCAUUGGAAUUUCACUGCCGAUAUUCCUAAUAUUAAUUAAGAUGACUGUGCCGCAUAGUAGGCGACGCAGCUGGUAGUUUUUAGAAUAGCUUACAAGUAUAGCAUACUAAAGCCUAUGUUAAAAUAUUAUAGGACCUCAUGGAUAUAGAAAAUAAGGAUGGUGUGAAACGGAAAUUGAGAGAAUGAAAGACGGAGUGAAUGUCUUACAUGUAUGCUGUGUGCAAGAGAAAAAAAUGAAGUAAAGAAAAAGGUUUGGUUAAUUGUAUCGUGUGUACAUGUUUGAUUUUAUGUUCACCAUGCCUGCCAAACUGUCUGUUUAUCUGCCAGUCGCCAUUACUGUUAGUGGAAAAAAAAAAGAAGUAACGUAUUCUAACAUGUUCACGUUUUUGUCGGCUCUGCAAGGUGUGGUAUGACUGAAUCUUUUUGUCGUGAAUAAAAAAUAUUAUUGGACUGCGCCUUCUUAUGCACGCACUAUAGAAUAUAUAAUAUUGAAGAAAGAAAAAUGAAAAAAAGAG